AAGUAGGUCAUAGUCUCUCGAAAUUCCAAUAAUCAUGAAGUACUUCGUAUUUGCUCUGAUCCUAUUAACAGGAUACUGCAUGAUACCGGUAAAAGGACAAUCCAGAAGAGCUUCAGUAAAACUCUUCAUGCACGAUUUAUCCAAUGCUGGAUUACCAACGAGAAUCGUCGGAGGAGCGUUCAGUUUAACUGGACACGGUGGUAAACAUUGGGCUGUUGUGGUGCAAUUCGAAGGCGAUGAUCUGGUGUACCUGUGCGAGUUGCACAGGGAUCCGAAUACUGGAAGGAAAGGAUCAGGAGGAAUCGUGUGGUCCUGCGAGAGGAUGACCAAGGAGGAAGUGAUGCGCGGUAAAACGGGAAUCUAUAUCCACGAAUUCAGAAACAUCCAUACCACGCCGGAAGAGCUGUAUAGGAUUUGCAGCGAGAUCAGGUUCAAUGGUACGGAUUAUCAUUUGAUCCUCAACAAUUGUCAGCAUUGGAGCAAGGAGUUGAUCCACAAAUUAGGACUGUCCAUCACUUGGUUCAAUAUGAAGACUUUGAUGGAGAAAACCACAGGUCCCGGAUUCUUAAUUACGCAUUUAAAAACAUACAGUUUGUAAUAUGUUUAUCAACUAGUAUCAGUUUCUUAUAUAAGCUGAUUUUGAUGAAUUUUAAAUUAUGAUUGAUUAAAUAACUCAAGGUUAUUACGCCGAACAGAUAACACAACAGAAUUAUUGAUCUAUAUUUAAAUAACUCUAAAAUUGUUUCUUUUUGUCUUGUGUCCAACUGUUAUUAUUACCAUUAUUAUUGUUAAUAUAGUUUAUUAACGAAUUAGAGACAUCCACGGCGUCUCUUACACACCUUAUUAUAUAAACAUCAAGACCAACUACUGAUAAGAACAUCGCUCAUAUUUUCAACUGGGAACCAGACGCAGAAUUGGCAGAAUCCAAGAAGCUUUGCGUCUUAUAAUAACCAAACCUAAGGCUCCACAACAGAAGAAGAUAUUCCACGCUGUCCAGAAAUC